AUGUCGUACAAACCCGUUACUCAUGUUUUAUUUGAUAUGGAUGGAUUAAUAUUGAACACAGAAGACUUAUAUACACUCGGAUUUCAAGAAGUCGCAUCUAGAUAUGGCAAAGAAUUUACUUUUGACUUAAAAUGUAAAAUAAUGGGUCAGCAGAGUAGAGAAUUCGCCGGCUCUAUUAUAAGCGAGCUGGGUUUGCCGCUUACUGUAGACGAAUUCCUAUUGGAAACGCGGAAAAUUUUUAAUGAUUUAUUUUUACACUCUAAAGUAAUGCCAGGUGUUGAAAAACUAUUAUCUCAUUUAUCCAAGCAUAAGGUUCCAAUAGGUUUGGCAACUAGCAGUAGUAAAGAAACUUACGAUUUGAAAACAUCACGUCAUCAAGAACUUUUUAAUUUAUUGCAAUACAAAACUUGGGGUUCUUCUGACCCAGAUGUAAAAAGAGGAAAACCUUAUCCAGAUGUAUUUUUUGCAGCUUGUAAGAAAUUCCCUGACAAGCCAUCUCCAGAUAAGUGUUUAGUUUUCGAAGAUUCUAUUAAUGGUGUAAAAGCUGCAGUGGCCGCUGGUAUGCAAGUAGUGUUGGUUCCGGACCGUCGUCUCGACCGAAGUCUUGUUCCUGAAGCAACGUUAAUUUUAAACAGUAUGGAAGAUUUUCGACCGGAAAUGUUCGGCUUACCGCCGUACGAUGAG